UCAGUUCUGACAGCCUCAGGUCCUGAGCGGUGGGCGGGACGCUGGGUCCUGGCACAAUGUACCCCUCAGCGGGUUUGUCCUUUGGCGAGGAACACCAUCGGCCGACGUUUCUGUCGGGGUGCGACACCUUCUGUGUAUCUGUGGUAUGACAUGUGUAAAGAUUCUGCCUGCUUUUUGACCAUGAAGGAGACAGACCUGGAGGCUGUUGCAACAGCAGUCCAAAGGGUUGCUGGGAUGCUUCAGCGCCCAGACCAGCUGGACAAAGUGGAGCAGUAUCGAAGAAGAGAGGCUCGGAAGAAGGCCUCUGUGGAGGCCAGACUAAAGGCCGCAAUCCAGUCACAGCUAGAUGGGGUGCGCACAGGCCUCAGCCAGCUCCACAAUGCACUGACUGAUGUCAAGGAUAUCCAGCAGUCACUGGCUGAUGUCAGCAAGGACUGGAGGCAGAGCAUCAACACCAUUGAGAGUCUCAAAGACGUAAAGGAUGCGGUGGUGCAGCACAGCCAGCUGGCUGCAGCUGUGGAGAACCUCAAGAACAUAUUCUCUGUGCCUGAGAUUGUGAGGGAGACCGAAGAUCUCAUUGAGCAAGGGGCCCUCCUGCAGGCCCACCGGAAGCUGAUGGACCUGGAGUGCUCUCGAGAUGGGCUGAUGUGUGAACAGUACCGCAUGGACAGUGGGAAUAAGCGGGACAUGACCCUCAUUAAUAGCUACUUCGGUAAAACACAGGGCCUCUCUGAUGAGCUGGCCAAGCAGCUGUGGAUGGUGCUGCAAAGAUCACUGGUCACUGUCCGCCGGGACCCCACCUUGCUAGUCUCCGUGGUCAGGAUCAUUGAAAGAGAAGAAAAAAUUGACAGGCGGAUACUUGAUAGAAAAAAGCAAACUGGAUUUGUUCCUCCUGGAAGGCCUAAAAAUUGGAAGGAAAAAAUGUUUGCUGUCUUGGACAGAACUGUGACAACCAGAAUUGAAGGUACACAGGCAGACACGAGAGAAUCUGAUAAGAUGUGGCUUGUGCGCCACCUGGAGAUCAUCAGGAAGUAUGUCCUGGAUGAUCUUAUCAUUGCCAAGAACCUCAUGGUCCAGUGCUUCCCUCCCCACUAUGAGAUCUUUAAGAACCUCCUGAGCAUGUACCACCAGGCCUUGAGCACGCGGAUGCAGGAUCUUGCAGCAGAGGAUCUUGAGGCCAACGAGAUUGUGAGCCUCUUGACAUGGGUCCUAAAUACCUACACCAGUGCAGAGAUGAUGGGCAAUGUGGAGCUAGCCCCAGAAGUGGAAGUUAGUGCCCUGGAGCCUCUGCUCUCUUCAAAUGUGAUCUCUGAGCUGCUUGACACGUACAUGUCAACACUCACAUCCAACAUCAUUGCCUGGCUUCGGAAAGCACUGGAAACAGACAAGAAAGACUGGAGCAAAGAGACAGAGCCAGAAGCAGACCAGGAUGGCUACUAUCAGACUACACUUCCUGCCAUUGUAUUCCAGAUGUUUGAACAGAAUCUUCAAGUUGCUGCUCAAAUAAGUGAAGAUUUGAAAACAAAGGUACUGGUUUUGUGUCUCCAGCAAAUGAAUUCUUUCCUAAGUAGAUACAAAGAUGAAGCUCAGCUUUACAAAGAAGAGCAUUUGAGAAACCGGCAGCACCCACACUGUUAUGUACAGUACAUGAUUGCCAUCAUCAAUAACUGCCAGACUUUCAAAGAAUCCAUCGUUAGUCUGAAAAAGAAGUACCUAAAAACUGAAGCAGAGGAGAGCCUAUGGGUGAGUCAGCUGAGCAUGGAUGUGAUUCUAGAUGCCAUUGCUAAGGAAGGCUGCAGCAGUCUGCUAGAGGAGGUCUUUCUGGAUCUAGAGCAACAUCUGAACGAGCUGAUGACAAAGAAGUGGCUGUUAGGGUCAAAUGCUAUGGACAUCAUCUGUGUUACUGUAGAAGACUAUUUCAAUGACUUUGCCAAGAUUAAAAAGCCAUAUAAAAAGAGAAUGACAGCUGAGGCGCACAGGCGCGUGGUAGUGGAGUACCUGCGGGCUGUCAUGCAGAAGCGUAUCUCUUUUCGGAGUGCUGAAGAACGCAAGGAGGGUGCUGAGAAGAUGGUCAGAGAGGCUGAACAGCUCCGCUUCCUCUUCCGGAGGCUGGCAUCUGGAUUUGGUGAGGAUGCAGAUGGACACUGUGAUACCAUUGUUGCAGUGGCAGAGGUUAUUAAGCUCACGGACCCUUCUCUCCUCUACCUAGAAGUCUCAACACUGGUCAGCAAAUAUCCAGAUAUCAGGGAUGACCACAUUGGUGCACUGCUGGCGGUGCGAGGAGAUGCCAGCCGGGACAUGAAACAGACCAUCAUGGAGACUCUGGAGCAAGGCCCCAUGCAAGCAAGCCCCAACUAUGUGCCCAUCUUUAAGGAGAUUGUUGUGCCCAGUCUGAACGUGGCAAAGCUCCUUAAGUAGCCCUGCUUUCCUCACUGCCCUGGGUGUCUUUACUGUAUGGCUUUCCUGUUGCCACCCUAAGAAGUGUAUUAAAACAGAAGUCCUUGUCUAGGUGCCCCA